AUUAUCUUUCACACUAUAUGUUUGGUUAUUUGUGAAAUGGAACAUUUUCUCUUAUCAGCACAAAUUGCCUUUGUUCUUGCUACAUCACUAAAAUGCUUACAGUGAGCUUUACUCAUUACAAAUCAUUGAGGCAUCAUUAUUUUAAUUAUGGGAGGAUGAUGUAGAUGUAGCCAAGGCGAUGCUGUGACAUCAGGUGGUCAUAGCUGCUUUCGCAGGAUCCUACACUGCACCUUUCCUCAUUCAUCUCCAAGCACAUCUAUCAUGAACUCAACAACAAACAGCACUGCCGUGCUCCCAGAGUCCGGACUAUGGACCAAGGAAGAGAGAUAUGUUCUUGUGGCUGUGCUUAGUAUUGAGAUGGUGCUUGGCAUUCUUGGGAACAGUUUGGUUCUCGUUGUCAAAAUUGUGUGCAAAUACCAUUUCCAGUGCAAAUACUGGCUCCCAAUGGUCAGCCUGACGCUGUCAGACUUGAGCUGCUCUGUGCUGAUCAUCUCCGGCUCCUUGCUGGCAAUGCUGACGGGGGGACAGAGGUCUCCUUGGUGCGAGGUGGUCAGCAUGUUUAAGUUUACCUUCAUGACGUCAUCCAUUGGUAGCAUAUCCAUUCUCUGUGUCCAAAAGCUAACAGGAAUACAGUCCACUGGAAGCUGCUUAUCUGUCAUCAUGGCUUUAGCAUGCCUCGCCUCUUGGCUGUUUGGUGUGGUGUUCGGGAUUGUGCCUGUCAUCUAUGACUGGAUUAAGUAUGAUUCAGCAGAGAUGCUGUGUGCAGUCUUCUGGGAGAACUCCUACUCUGAUAUGCUUGUCUAUAUCCUUUGUGCAUUCUCCGUCUGCAUCUUUCUGCCCUUUCUGCUGAUGCUGUUGUGCUCCAUCCUGUCUUGUGCCAGAUGUGGGAGACACAGCAGCAGCUCGGAUGACCUCUCCUCUGUGACACCUUUGCUGGUUUCAUUUUACCUCCUCUGUUACACGCCAUUUGCUGUGUCCGAGUUAAUAUUGCUUGGAAGAUUGGACCUCUCUCCAUCGCCUGAAUGGCUACGAACGUUUUCAUCUGUGGUGGCUUAUCUGGACUGUGGUUUAAAUCCUAUUCUUUACUGCACCAAUCAAGACUUCCGGCAGGCCUUGCUCGCUCUGCUGUGGACUAGUCGGAAGUUGAGCCUACCUGAACCUGAACCUGAACUGACCAGAAUUACUAGACUUCACAUGUGACA